AUGCUGGAAGAGGAGGAGGAGGAGGGGAGGAAGCGAGCCUGGCAACUAGGCCGCCCCCGGUUCCUCCUUAAGAGAGUGGCGGCGGCGUUGGCGGCGUGGUUCCCAUUGAUGAAAGCGAGCGGAGCCCGAGAAGGAGAAGGAGGCCCCUGGGCGGCUCUCGCUCGCUCGCUGGCUUCCCUCCGAAGCGGACCGGGAGCGGCUCUGUGCCGGGUCCGUGGAGGGGACAGGCCAGGACUCUCUCUCGGAAGCAGCUGGAAAGGGCUAGGCCCCGGGGCUGGAAGAGCAGCAGGAGGAGGAGGAGGAGGAGGAGGCCCGGGACGGAGCCCAAGGCGGACCCAGGAGCCAGCCCUGACUCUCUCUCUGUCUGUCUGGAGGCGGAGGAAGGGGGCUGCUUGUCUUGGGCUCCCCUGCCCUCGUCUGUCUGUCUCCCUCCUGGCCCUUCUCCCAGGGAGAGAGGAGCUGGUCCCGGAGGGGCAACUGGGGCCACCCCACCCCCAGGCCCUCCGGGUGGCCCAGGAGGAGGAGGAGGAGGAGGACCAUGCUCCCCCCCCCCGCUGCUCAGUCGAUGCCCUUUCCAGAGGCGGAGGAGGAGAGGAAAAGUACCCGGAGGCCGUGAGAACAAGCUGCCCAGACUCUCCUCCAAGGCUUCGGAGUCCCUGGGCAAAAUGGAGGAAAAAGGAAGCAGGACAUGGAGGACGGGGCCGAAGAGCAAGUGCCACACGCUCCAAAUGGAGGGCCUUCCAGAGGAGAUGGAGGACGGGGGUAAAGGAGAGGCUCCGGAGGCGUGCUCCGGUGUUCCAAAGGGAGGGCCUUCCAGAGGGAAAGCAUGGACACCGGGAGGAGGUCCCCGGCUGGAGGUAGCCCCAGACAGCCUUCUCUCCAAGCCCCGUCCGGUUCCGACGGAGGCCGGCCCCAGAUGCUUCCGAGGAGGGAGGAAAGGAGGCCACGGGUGCCUUUCUGGAAGAGCAGCCACCCGCCUGCAGCCGCCUUCUCCCUUCCCUCCGCGGCACUGACUCCAGGCUUUCCUCCCUCCCUCCGCUGGAAAGAAAGCAUCCAAGCCCGGCGAGCCUAGCGAGUGGCCUCCCCGAGCCUCCUGCCUCCCAGGCGCGGGAGAAGAGGAGGACGCCAUCUCCCUCCCUCCCUCCCUCCCUCCCUCAACACACACACACUACACACGGAGCCAGAGCCACCCCGGACAAGGGAGGCUUGGGGUGCCACAAACAGGAGCCAAGAGGCCCCUUCCCAGGCAGAAAGAGGGGGGAGGGGGAGUGCCAGCCUAGUUGGGAAAGAAAGCAAAAUAAGAUGCAUUCACACUGGAGAAAUAAUAAUCCAGUUGGACACCACUUUCACUGCCCCGGAUCCAUGCUAUGGAAUUCUGGGGUCUGCAGUCGGAGUCACAAAGAAGCCCCAGGGCAGCUGAAAGUGGUGUCAGACCGGAUUCUUGUUGCAGUGUGAAUGCUGUGCGGCUGCAUCCACACUGGAGAAAUAACUCGGCUUGGCACCGCUUUCACUGCCCUGCCUCAAGCCUAUGGAAUUCUGGGAUUUGGAGCCCCCCGCCCGCCAGGGUGACCAGAAGUCCUCCUUUUCCAGGACCCGUCUUCCAUUUGAGCCUCCUGCCCUGGAGGAAUGGCAAAAAGUCCCCCCUUUGGAGCAUUGGCUCAGAAGCACACAAGCGAAGGAUGAAAGAAGGCGUCCCUGGUUUUCGUCCUUGGCUCAAAGGGCCAAGGAAAGGGAUCACUCAAGGGGAGACUGGGCCAAAGGUUCCUUGCUAGGGUUGGUCUGGCUCAGAGGCUAUUGGAAGCCAACUCCUCGGCAAGGAGUACAGAAUAGAAUGCAGCCCAUGGAACCCGUGGUUCCAGGCAGUUCCGACUUCUAGCGGCCCUAAGGCGAGCCCAUCCGGAGGUUUUCCUGGCAAGAGUUGUUCAGAGGAGGCUGGCCAUUGCCCUUCUUCCCCUGAGGAGGCUGAGAGAGUGGGACCUAUUGCCCAAGGUCCUCCAGAGGCUGCCUAUGGCUGGAUGGGGAGGGCUCCAGCCCUGCUCUCCAGAGCCAUGGAGCCCAGCACUCCGGCCACUGCCCCUCUCUGCCUCUGUCCCUCUGCUGUCAACCGACCCUGUGGAAUGACACCCCCCGAGGAGGGAUUCUAGCAGCUUGUCCUCUUGGCUCCUGUCCUCCCUUUUCCCUGGAACGUCCUCCAUGUUGAUUGUGUCAGAAAGUGGGGGUGUCGUUGUGUGUGUCUUGGGGGCCUUUCCCUGGGCUUCUGUCCCUCUCCCCUGGGGCCGAAGGGGAGGCGGCCAAACAAAGCCUCCCUCCCUCCCUCUGCCCCCCCCCCGCAAAGUCCUCCCAGGGACAGGCCCCGAGCUGCGAAGGCCCAUUGUAAGCACACAAAGAGAAGGAGAGAGAGAGAGAGACCCCCGCCCCCUCGCCUUCCUUCGGCAGGAAAUCCGCCCCCCCCCCCGCAGUUGCUCCAAGGCCAGCGCCAGAGCUCCGUCGGCGGGAAGCCUUCUCCUCGGCAGGGUUAGCAGCAGGCCUCGCUCCCCUGCCCAGCCUCCCGAAACCCCCGCCGGCCCUGGGGGGCUCCAGGCCUGCCCUAGCCUGACAGGGAGGCAUUGCAACAACCCCGCAACCCCAGCCCCUUGACCUGCAUCCCGGUUAGGAAGGCCAGGAUGAGGCCUCUCUUUCAGGGGAAUGUCUGGUGAAGCCCUUGGCAAGAAGGGGGGGAGAAAGAGAUAGGAGAAAUAGAUAGAUAGGAGAGAUAGAUAGAUAGAUUAGAUGGAGAAAUUGAUAGAUAAGAUGGAGAGAUAGAUGGAUAGAUUGAUUAGAUGGAGAGAGAGAGAGA